AGGAUACCCUUGCCAUUAUCGUGAUGCUGUGGUGCCUCUACUUGUCGUUUGGACCUUGGUGCUAUUGUGGUUGUCCUUAUUAUAGACAAGAUAAUCAGUCAUGAUGUUGUCUCUCAAUGGUAGCUUCAGCAAAGAUAAGGAUGUAUAUCCACUCAAUACAAGAAAGCCAACGUCCUUGAAGCGGGCAUUGGCCAUUAAGCAUGGAGACAAACUCUUUGUCGCCAUUGCCGUCCUGAUAUGCAUGGAAAUGAGCAUGUUUGCUCGUCUGUAUUUCGGAAUCGAAUCAUCCUUUUCGUCUGAAGAAUCAGCAACAACAACAACGACAACCAGUGAUACUCAAAAUCAUAAAAACAACAAGAAGCCCCUGCAUUCCCACAAGUUAAAGUUACGGCACAAGGAUCAACCAACCAAAAGACAUCAUCAUACAGCAGCAGAAACAAUGCUGAGACCACGAGUCGUCAUGUUGGAUCUGUACAACAAUGAGGAAGCAGGAAUUACAUCUACUUCAUUUUUUCAACCAAAUCCCGCUCGCAAAAUCAAGCCAAUGGGCGACUUGGAUUGCUGCAAACAAGAUCCUCAAGGAUACAUCAAACCAGAUGAAAAACCAUUCUAUGAAACAUGUGAUCCCAUGGCAGAGUGGCAAACUACCAUCUAUCCCACGUGCAAUAUGCUACACGAGUUGCCACUCAUUGAUGAUAGUGACGAUUAUUUCAAACAACAACCACAACAAACUGAGAGAAAUGACACAACAACAGAGGUAGAACCGGUUGUAUCGCUUCUGAAUACAAAAGGAUCAUGGAGAACUGUUUGGAAAGUCGCCUCACAACAGCAACAAUAUGCAAGCGGUGGUGAACCACAUUAUAUAGUGUUGAAAACACUUAGAUACACUCGUGAUUUCAAUGAGGAAUCCUACCAACUGCAGUACAUAGAUAGCGUUGCCAUGGAGCGCCUGACAUCGAGUCCGUACAUUGCCAAUGAAUACGGCUUCUGUGGUCAGUCGGUCCUGACAGAAUAUGCACCCAAAUCGGGGAGAGAUUUGAUCAAAAACAAGAAACUCAAAACAUGGCAACGCGUUCAGAUUGCCCAUGAUCUUGCCGCUGCCUUGUCUGAUAUGCAUUCCAUUGACUACCCCAACGCUACCAAUGCUACCUUUACACAUAAUGACAUUAACAUUGCCAACACUAUUCAGGGAGAACAUGGGAAUAUCAAGUUUAAUGAUUUCAAUAUUGGCGUGCGAAUGCGGUGGAACCAAACGCGCCCCUGUGGCUAUCCGGUGCACUUUAAUGCACCUCUGUGGAGAUCCCCCGAAGAGAUCUUGGCCACCAACACGAGCGACUAUGUGCAACCCGACAAGAGUGAUGUCUAUUCCUUGGGCAAUCUACUCUUUCAAGUGCUCACGACACAUCAGCCAUGGACUUGGUUGGAACCUGGAGGACGCUUGUCUGUAGAGGAGGUCAUUGCACGCAAACUUGCUGGCGAGUAUCCUCACAUCCCCAGCAAAUUUCACGGCGACAAACCUGGUGUUCAAGCUCUUUACUAUGCUACUCUGGCGUGCUUUGCACAUGAUCCAGAGGAUCGACCAACAUCUUACGAGCUAUCCGAGUCGCUGCGGAUUGCGUUGGAUUGGUCCAAACAGGGAGUAUCCAAAAACAAAGACAAUGUGCGCCAGCUGUUCAACUUUCGGCGGCACAGCAAGAAACAAGAACGAACCACCAAUGCUAAGCAACAAUCUUCCAAAGGCAAGAAGGAUAUGGGCACGGCCGCACAGCACUACAAAAAUGUCACGGAUGCUUCAACGCAUCGACAAGUGUCAGGUACCAAGAAACGUGUAGUAACUCCGGCACCCCUAAAGGUUGUUCCGUCUCUAGACAACAUGAAUGCAACCGAUUCAACGGAACGAAGGCUGGGUCACAAAAUUGCUUGGACCGCCUCAAAUAAAACCAAGGAGCUCUUGAAAGCAAAGAGCAAACAAGUAGAAGAAGCCAGAAUAGCCAAGGCAAUCAAAGAACGGAGGCAGAUGUCACGGCCCAAGAUUGGAAUGGUUCGUGCUCCUGUCAGAACGAGGAGAAGAGGUGGUGUGGAGAUGUUGGUGGUUGAGGGCACAACAAACAGAACACCACAACAAAGUUCCAACAGAACCACAGACUCGGACGAAACAACUUCCUUUUGAAAGUAGUCAUUCAUAAUAUGUCCUUAUGGUUUGCGUUGCAACGGCCGCUAUUCUCUGCUUCAAAAGUCAAAAAGCUACUCAAGACUAUUGCGGUAUGUUGGCGUAUCUCUUUACAUUACUAUAACAACAUCUAAUUGUAGCAGCUUUAUUCGCAGUUU